GGUCCUGAUUUAAGUGAAGCUUUAUUGAUCUUUUAAUCGGCCCCUUUCUCUCUCUCUCUCAACUGGUUCGUAAAAUCAAACCCUAGAUUUCCAGCUUUCAUACUCAAUACUCAACUCGUUGCUCUUCGAUAAUGGCGCUCGCUUCUCGCAUCCUCUCCAAAUCUAAGCAGCUGUAUACUAUUCAGACUAUUUUACCAAAGGACAAUGUGAUUCCUGCUCGUUACUAUGCCAAAGAAGCUGCUCCCGCUCCCAAGGCUCUAAAGGGAGAUGAGAUGCUUAAGGGCAUUUUUUUGGACGUUAAAAAGAAGUUUGAGACUGCUCUUGGUGUACUUCGUCAAGAAAAGAUCACCAUAGCCCCAGAGGAUCCUGCUGCUGUACAACAAUACGCUAAUGUCAUGAAGACUGUAAGAGAAAAGGCAGAUCUCUUCUCAGAGUCACAGAGGAUUCAAUACACAAUCCAAACCCGAACUCAGAAUAUUCAGGAUGCUCGUACUUAUCUUUUGACUUUGAAGGAGAUACGACUCAAGAGGGGUCUUUCUGAUGAACUUGGUGCUGAGGCCAUGAUGUUUGAUGCUUUAGAUAAAGUUGAAAAACAACUAAAGAAACCUCUUGUGAGAAAUGACAACCAAGGAAUGAGUCUUCUAAUGGCUGAGUUUGAUAAGAUCAACAAGAAGCUUGGAAUAAACCCAAAUGAUUUACCCAAAUAUGAGGAACAGCUGGAACUUAAAAUUGCAAAGGCACAGCUUGAAGAGUUAAAGAAGGAGACCACUGAGGCAAUGGAAACUCAAGCAAAGAAGGAGGAAUUCCAGGACGAGCAAAUGGUUGAUCCCAAGUCAUUGGACAUCCGAAACUUCAUCUGAGAUUCUAGCUUGGAAAUUUGACUAUUUGCUGUGUAAAAACACUUGUUGGAGAGGAGAGUUGAAGGCUGUAGUUGUUCAGCUCAUUGGCAGAAAUACCCACCUUUUCUCCCAUUUUGUUUUGAAAUAAAUUGGAUUUUGUUCUGCCAGGAAAUGCGCAGAAUAUAUAUCAAUUGAAUGGUUUUUGAGAUGUGAUAAUUUAGAAAUACUGGUUUUUGAGCACAUGAUAUUGCUUAAAAAAGUUAUGAUGACUACAAUUUACAUACAUUUUGAAUAUGUACAGCUUAUUUGAGGUGACAAUCAAUCAA